AUUCAACGGUUUCGUGCAACUCCGCUGUUUCCUUUGCUCCUUCACUGAUCAUGAUUUCAUCCGCAUAACAUUUCAAGCCACUACAUGGCUGGUUAGAGGCGUGUCAAGCGUAUCUUGCUUCAACUUUUCUUAGCCUUCAAGUUGCCGUGGCAUUUACAUAAGAAGAAGAACGCCAACGACACAGCCUAUCUGACAUGCCAGUUAACUGCUAUCGACUCGUGGUAUUGUCGCCACGCGUAGACUUGUACUUAUGAUUCCUCCCUUCAAUAGCGUAACUCAAUCAGGGAUGCUUAUAAUACUACCUAGUGGUGUUACAACCAGCGAUGCUCUUGCGACUCGUCGUCCGGUCGCUACACAUGGUUUAGCCCUUGCUGGAAUUAUUGGAGGGGUCGCUCUUGGAGUUUGCGUUGUUUGGCUAUUAGUCGCCCGCAUACGCCUACGCAAACUCAAAGCUAACGUCGCAUCCACUGGAACCUCUGAAUCCUCCCCUCUCCUAGUUCAAUACCAAGCACCAAUUGAUCUUCAGACUCAUACUGCCAAGCUAGAGAACGACAUAUUACUCUGUUCCACCUGUGCAAAGCUCGAUUUUUUCAGGAUCCUAUCUUACGGAAUCCACGAGCUAGAGCCAAUUCCGCUCGGUCCACUCUCAUCCAUCUUGGAAAAAUCUUAUCAAUGCAGUUUCUGCCGCCUCAUAUCCUUGUAUGUCCGUCGAACGCGGGUUUUGGAGAACUCUCCUCACAUCGAUCUCUCAGAGAUUCAAUGUGAGGUGUACACGAUGCUUUGUGGUGCUCUUCGGCGAGGGCCUCAUCCUCCGCUCCGUUAUGGCCGCCGCCUCCACGUCACUGGGAAGGGCCUUUUCGACACACAUCCCGAUUUCAGGGCAGCGGGCUCGCUAAUAAUUCACCUUAUGCAAGAAGAUGCUUUCAAGUUUCGGAGACCAGUUGAUCUUCAUGGUCGCAGGGUGAAGAACACUGUGGAUAUCGGUUUGGUGAAGAAGUGGAUCAAGCUGUGUCAAGAGAAUCAUGGAGAUGAAUGUCGGAAUAUUUGGAGAACGGACAGGAACCUGCCGGGAUUUGUGAGAGUGGUGGACGUAGUAUCGAUGGCCGUGAUCCCUGCACCUUCUGGCUGUCGUUGUGUUGCCCUCAGUUAUGUAUGGGGAAGCGCCGGCGCAGAGUAUUGGACGACGAAGGAUAAUAUAGCGGGGCGCUCCACGCCUGGCGGAUUAAACGCGGCAAACCUCCCUGACACCAUCACAGAUUCGAUUCUAUUCGUUCGACAAAUUGGUGAACGUUACAUAUGGAUCGAUGCUCUGUGCAUCAUUCAAGAUGAUUUGCAGGACAAGUCCUAUCAGUUAAACGCUAUGGAUUUGGUCUAUGGCCUAUCUUAUUUCACGUUAAUUGCUGCUGGCGGCAAGUCGGCCCGAGACCCUCUCCCAGGAUGCCGUCCACGAACUAGAACGCCACAAAUACAUACCGAGGUUGUUCAAGGACUUCAUCUCUUCAUGGCUCCUCCAAGACAUACGGAGGCUCUCGCGAUGUCCACUUGGGUUACGCGCUGUUGGACCUACCAAGAGAGCGCGCUGUCCUGCCGAAGAAUAUACUUCACCGAGCAGCAGGUCUGCUUUGAGUGCCAAUGUCAGGUUUUCUGCGAAGACAUCGUCGGCGAAACCAAGGCCAAAUCCUCCAGCAGCUUUCUUUGGCAUCUACGCGGAGAACAUUUCCCAUUCUCUUCUGACUUAUUUUGGAGUUACCAGCUGGCCGUCGAGAAAUAUACACCACGCAAUCUCACCGUCGAAUCAGACAUUGUUGAUGCUCUCACUGGAGUGACAAAUGCUUUGACGGUAGCGUUUGGGCUCGGCGACCCCGCUCGAGCCUUUCAAUAUGGAAUGAUGUUGACAGAUCUGCAUCAUGCGCUGCUCUGGCAACACGAACCACACACACCUCGUGCUCGUCGUUCCUUGGCUGAGGGAGGCAGUUCAUCUUGGCCUUCUUGGGCAUGGGCGACGUGGCGUGGCGCUGUCAUCUACAUGGGGCGGGGCGUGUAUCGUCGGACUCCUAUCGCCAGUACCAGCAACGAAGCGUCGGUGGAUGAAACGCUUAUCGAUACUUGGUACAUCGUGGAUCACAGUGGCGAUACAGUGCAGCUUGAUGUUCGCCGGGUUUCCCGGGUUUAUUGGAUAGAGGAAGAGCAGCCCCCCAUAUAUUCUUCUCCGCGAGGGAUCUUAGACCCAACGGAGUUGACACUAGACAAUCACCGACCGCUACAACCUGGCACCCUCAUUUUCCGCACGACUUCCAGCCAUUUUGGUAUUGUAAGACGAGGUAGUGAAGAAAAUGAAGAACCCGGUCCCGUCCAACAUUAUGGUCUGUUCAACAUCCUCUCCACGUCUUCCCCUCCCAUUUGGGUCGGCAGUGUUAUUCUGCCAUUGGAUCCUGCUCUGCCGACUUCUAUCGAGUUCAUCGUCCUUUCCCGUUGUGAUUCUGUGGAUGGCUUGUGGGAUGCAGGGAGUCUCAAGCGUUACCAUGGGUGCUUGCUACAUGUGAUGGCGGUUAGAGAGAAUGAGGGCUUGAUGGAACGUGUUGGGUUGGGUGUUGUUCAUAUCGUUGCAUGGGUUGCUUCAAUGCCGGAGGAGAAGGUUGUGUUUCUUCGAUGAUGGUUGGCGGUUAUGGUGAUAAGUCGAAGAGGACUCGGUGCAAACCGUGCCCCAUAUGCGGGGUCGGCCAUUGAUCGGCCAUCAAUUAAAUGCCGUUCCGUUCAUGUCGUUUUGCAUGUCAGUCUUGCUUAAUAGUCAAGACCUGGGAUAUCGCUUCGAUACAGACCUUCCACUGGAUAUGAA